UGGGUCACCCCUCCAAAUCAUUGGAUUCAGGUGUUCCAAUCACCUCCAUGGCCACAGGUGUAUAAAAUCAAGCACCUAGGCAUGCAGACUGCUUCUACAAUCAUUUGUGAAAGAAUGGGUCGCUCUCAGGAGCUCAGUAAAUUCAAGCGUGGUACCGUGAUAGGUUGCCACCUGUGCAAUAAGUCCAUCCAUGAAAUUUCCUUGCUACUAAAUAUUCCACAUUCAACUGUUAGUGGUAUUAUAACAAAGUGGAAGCAACUGGGAACAGCAGCAACUCAGUAACAAAGUGAUAGGCCAUGUCAACUCAUGCUAAAGCGCACAGUGCGUAAGAGUUGCCAACUGUCUGCAGUGUCAAUAG